UGCGUGUGGCCGUCUCUGCGCGUAUAGGCGUAGCGCGACGCCUCCUGCAGCUCGGCACUGCCCGGUGUCAGGGUCAGCGGUGAGGAACUCGCUCCUCUGCCUGCCAGGAGCCCAGGCUGGUCAGCUCCCCCACUGACGGACCCCCAGGUACUUGGCCUAGAAAAAGAAUGUGGUAAUGUCUGCAGGCUCUGCAGGCAGGGAGGCUGGGAUGAGGAUGAUGCCAGCUCCAGGGGCAGGGAGGCCAAGGGGCCCUGCCGCUGUCCUCAGGCUGCUCCUCGCUGCUGCCCUCGUUGUGGCUGUGCAGGGUUCCUGCGAUGCUCCGCCACGUAUCCCAUCCGCAGAACUGAAAGAGAGCUACCAGCACAUCAGGACAUUUUCCCGCUCUCAACGGGUGGAAUACACCUGCCGUCCAGGUUAUGUAAAAAAUAGGGUCCGGACCAGCCUUGUUUGUGAAGAGGAUGGUAGGUGGAAAGGACCGACCGACUUUUGUUCACCCAAGCCAUGCAGCUACCCCGGAGACCUGGCCAAUGGCAGACUUGUGGAAGUGGAGCAGUUCACCUUUGGCUCAAUAGCCAACUACAGCUGCGACAUGGGGUACAGACUGAUUGGAAAUUCCCAAAUCCAUUGCGUGCUUAAAAAUGGGCAAGUUACGUGGGAUGGAGACGUUCCCUUCUGUGAACCAAUCCCAUGUUCACCCCCUCCAAAAAUAGAGAAUGGAGAGCACAAUGGAGGCGACGUUGCCAUCUUCAGCUACGGAUCCUCCGUCACCUAUCGGUGCCGCUCUGCCGGCAGGGGGGAGAGAGCUUUCUCGAUGGUGGGGGAUCCCUCUAUUUUCUGCACGACCAUGGAUAACCUGAACGGUGUCUGGAACAAGCCAGCCCCGGAGUGCAAAGUGGUGGGCUGCGAGCACCCCCGGGUCGAGAACGGGAAGCUGCUGAGCGGGUACAGGGCCGAGUACACGUACCGCGACACCGUCAUGUUCGACUGCGAGUUCCGCUACACCCUGCAGGGCAGCGAGACCUCCACGUGCAGCGAGGCCGGGCACUGGGAGCCGCCGCUGCCGCUCUGUCAGCGCAGCAGCUGCGAUGACCCUCCCGAUGUGUUUAGGGCUGUUAAAGCGAGACUCGCGGGCAAUUUGUUUCCUGUUGAUACUGUGGUUACCUACGAGUGUGAGACAGGCUACGAGUUCAGCCCCGGAGAAAACACGCGACACGUUACGUGUCUGCCAGACCUGACCUGGACCGAGGUUCCCCAUCCUUGUGACAAAAUUAGGUGCCCGGAUCCAGUUGUCAGGAACGCAAUGCGUGUAAAUGAGUGGUACAAAAGAGGCAAGUAUGCGUAUGGAGACAGCGUCGAGAUUGUGUGUAACGAAGGCUAUACUGUCAAGGAUUAUGGCAGCAACGUUGCGCUUCGGUGCACAAACAAAGGCACGUGGGAACCGGCAGUAACAGAGUGCACAGCAGAACCUCGUUGCCCACGGCCCAUUAUUGAUCAUGGGCAAGAGGUGUAUAAGAGCAAAAAUGACUACAGCGCCGGGACCCGUGUGAGGGUGGUGUGUGAUGAAGGCUACGUCCUCAGAGGCGAUGAGCAGAUCGAGUGCAAGGCUGAUGAGAACUGGGCUCCCUCGGUGCCGUUUUGUGACAAAGUCUGUGACCCCCCUCCCCAAAUCACCAGUGGGCAGCACACGGCCUCGAGAUCAGACCUCUUCCGCUACGGCUAUGAAGUGAAGUACAGCUGUGCCGUGGGUCUGUCCCUCAUCGGGGACGAGUCCAUCUACUGCACCUCCACCGACGGGGUGAACCUGGUGUGGAGUGGCCCUGCCCCGGAGUGCAGGGUGGUUCGCUGCCCCAGGCCUGCCGUUGAGCACGGAAGGAUGUCUCCGCCGAGACACACAUUCCCCUACGGGGUGUCCAUGCGCUUCUCCUGCGACGAAGGCUUCGUGCUGCACGGCGAUGCUGAGACCCGGUGCGCGGCUGACGGCACCUGGCAGCCGCCGCUGCCCUCCUGCGUCCCAGUUCAGUGUCCGGAACCGCAAGUCGUCAAUGGAAGGCUGAAAAACCCCAGUGACAGCAAAAUGUGGUACCUAGCAAACGCGACUGUUACUUUUGAGUGCCUUCAUGGGUACCAGUUCUCUGGUGAUGGACCCGCCACUUUCGAAGACACUUGGACAGCCACGUGCCUGGCUGAUGGCAACUGGACACCGCUGCCCAAGUGUAAGAAGCAAGGAGAUGCUGAUGUAUGUGAAGAGAUUGAGUAUAUUAAAAUGGCCUUUGAGUGCGGUGUGCCUAUGGAGGAAGUGAGAACUCUGCUGGAAGUACAAAAACUGCUUCUGGAGAUUCAAAAACUAAAGGUGGAAGUUGAGCUCUUGAAUAAGGAUGUCCUGGUUACUCCCCCAACCCCCAUGUGGGGCAGGAGGACCUGGAGGCUUUGCCCGGGCCCCCUGUGUGACUGCUGUUCGCCACCCCUGGCUGCACUCCUUGUCCCUGUGGGAGGGUUGAGCUCCAUGUGUGUUCUGGACGGGUUUCCACUGCUCCACAGGCUUGGCUGCGUCUUCGCUGCUGCAUCUCCUCUCAGCUUUCAGAAACAGCCUCUGGGAGCCAACAGUGCUCGGCAGAGGAGCACAGGAAUCGCUGCGAUAAAGCCUGGAGAACCAGGUCAGGGGAAGCACACUGGCACCUCGAGCUGCUGGGCUCCCACCAUGCAGCAGGGAUCCGGCUGCCCCACACUGCUCCUGGCCUUGAUAGGGCUCCUGGGCACACCUGCAGCUCACGGUGACUGUGGGCCCCCACCCCGUAUGGCCCACUCCAAGCCGUCCGUGGCCGAGCAGCCCAGCAGCUUCCCGGUUGGAUCCAGGGUCACCUACACGUGCCUCGAAGGCGCCAUCAAAAUCCCCGGGCGGGCGGACACGGUGCAGUGCCUGCCCGGGCCCCACUGGUCCCAGCUGCCAGAGCCCUGUGGCCUGAGCUGCUCUACCCCGACAAGGUUACAGUUUGCUGCCCUGUCCAAGGUGGACGAGAGGAUAAAUUUCUUUCCUAUUGGGUCCACUGUGAGCUACGUCUGCCACCCCGGCUACGAGAACAUCUCGGAAAGCUCCCCCACCAGCACUUGUCUUGAAAAUCUGACGUGGUCGGAGGUUGCUGCAUUGUGCCGCAGGAAGUCCUGCGGGCAGCCGCCGGCGCUGCCCAGGGGCAGGACCCUCGCCCUGACGGACUUUCUGUUCGGUGCCAGAGCGAGAGUGGUCUGCGAUGAAGGGUACAAACUAAAUGGGAGGAAUUUCAUCCAAUGUUGGCUGAAAGGAGAUGACGUUGAGUGGAGUAAACUUCCAACCUGUGAAUUAAUUACCUGCUCUUCACCUCCUCCAAUUAGCAAUGGUAAGCACAAUGGUGAAGGUGUAGAAAAACUUGCUUACAACUCAACAGUGACUUACAGCUGUGACCCUGGCUUCCAACUCAUUGGAAAAGCGAGCAUCCACUGUACAAGUACAGACAAAACAAAUGGAGUCUGGAGUGGAGCAGCGCCUAAAUGUAAAGAGAAAAGCAAAUUUGUCAAACUUGGAGCAAAAGAAGUGGAAAGGAGCACUCCUCCCCAAAAUUUCAAGGGAAAUGGCAUCCAAACAGAUAAAAGGGUUUUCACAAAGGAAAUGAAAAUCACCCUUUAUAAAGAGUUGCUCCAAAGCAGCAACUCCUUCUCCCAUUCUUCUUCCUUCUCCAGGCCACGAGGGGACUGCGGGCCGUUGCCCCAGCUACCCGGGGCAGAGCCUCCAGAGGACUCCAAAGAUAACCAAAGCUUCCCCAUCGGCUCCAAAAUAACAUACCGGUGCGUUCAAGGCUUUGCUAAGCUCCCCUUGAAGUCAGACACAAUACAGUGCCUGGAGAACGCCCUCUGGUCCGUCCUCCCGGAGUUUUGCAAUCGUAGCUGUUACAGCCCACCUCGUGUGAGUUUCGCAAGAGUAUCACAGGAAGAUGAAUUCAAGAAUUUUUAUGCUGUUGGUAUCACGGUGAACUACGUUUGUAACCCAGGCUAUGAGAAUAGCACUGACGAGCUUCCUACCAGCACUUGUCAUGAAAAUUUAACGUGGUCAGAGGUUCCCAAGUUAUGUCAAAGGAAAUCUUGUGGUACUCCAGAAAAUCCAGAACAUGGUACAGUUGUUACAACAGAUCACCUGUUCGGCACAAAGGCAGAUGUUAUUUGUGACGAUGGGUACAUGCUAACAGUGGGACCAGCUUUCAUCCGGUGUUACCUAGAGGGAGAUGGAGUUGCCUGGACUCAGCUUCCAACUUGUCAGCGUAUCCAGGCUUCGUCCUCUACUGUUGGCACUACAGCAGUGACAGACGCAACCAAACCGUUGGAAGAGAAGACACCAGAGUAUCGCUACAUCCUACCACUUGUCAUCAUCCCUUGCAUCAUUGGAGUUGCUGUAAUUCUAAUCUGGACCAUCAAGAAGUGUGGUGUAAAGCAAAAAGGGACAUAUAAGCCAAAUCCUACAAAUGCAGGAGAUGAAGAACAGGGACCAUCCUGCCAGGAGUGUAAAACUGCUGUGCCCGGGGCAGAGGCGCGGCGCUUCCCAGGAACUGCGGCGGGGAAGCAGGGAGGGAGGAGGGGAGGAGGCUGUGCGGGAGAGGAGGCCGUGCCCAGUGCCCUCGUGUGCUUGUUUUUGUUUGCCAUUGACGCGGGGACGCAUUUAGCGAGGGUACCGCAGGAGACGCCCCCGGGGGAGGGGGCGGAGCCGCUCGGGGGGGCGGGGGCUCCCGCAAACGGCCCCGCACGCACCCUUCUUGUUCACCCACGGAAGAAGGGCGAAGGCUCCCUAGGCGCCGGGGCCGGGCUCAGCCAAGCCCUUCAUUUUCCUACGAAACCGGAAAAUUCGCCCAAGCCCGGCCCGGCGUCUGCCCGCCCGCCCGCCCCGGAAAGGGCCGUGCCGGCGGGGUGCGCUGCGCAUCACUCCGACGGGCACCGGCACCGGGGCACCGGCACCGGGAUGGGAACGGGCACCGACACCGGCAUGGGGCUGCUGUGGCUCUGCGCCGUGCUGCUGGCGCUGCCCGGAGCCUGGGGUGACUGCCAGGGCGUUCUCCUGCCGAGGUUCUCCUUCGCCGAGCCCAGCGGCCCCACCAACAAUUCGUACCCCGUCGGGUCCUGGGUGCGCUACAAGUGUCGCCCUGGGUACAUGGGGGUCAGCAGCAAGUCCCCCCUGGUCACCUGCCUCCCCAACUCCACCUGGGCAUCGGACCCCGACUUCUGCAUUGGAAAGUUGUGCCGCGAACCAGACAUAGAAAACGGCAAAUUUCACUACUCAACCGACCUCCGGUUUGGGGCAACAAUAAAUUUCACUUGUAACUUCGGGUACCGAUUAGUUGGGGAACCAUCUGCGCAAUGCAUACUUAGUAACAAUGAAGUUAUUUGGGAUAACGUUCCAUUCUGCGAGAUUAUUCCCUGUGAACCACCUCCUGUAACUGCAAAUGGGCAGUUCAGCGGUACGCAAACAGAAUACACCUUUGGCUUAGCUGUAACUUACACGUGCGAUGAAGGUUUUUCUCUCAUUGGAAGCUCCACGAUUUACUGUACAGUGGAUGCUGAGUCCAAUGGAAUAUGGAGUGGUCCAGCCCCUGAAUGCAAAGUGGUGACAUGUGAAAAUCCAGUAGUGGAAAAUGGGAAGAAGUUAACUGGCUUUGUUGAGCAGUACACAUAUGGAGAUACAGUGACCUUUGAAUGUCUUCCUGGUUAUUUUAUGAAUGGUUCUCAUACAGUUAAAUGUGAUGCAGACAAUGCCUGGAAUCCACCUCUGCCAAAGUGUGACCAACGCUACUGUGGUCAUCCUCCCAGCAUCCCUUUUGCUGAGUUAAUGGGGACUGUGAGUAGCAGCUCUCCUGCUGGAACCACGGUGACGUACAGAUGUAACCCGGGGUAUGCUGCAGGAGAUGGAACGUCUUUGGAAGUCACUUGUCUGGGGAAUACCAGUUGGUCUGUAAGCUCCAAGUCAUGUACACGACAGCAAUGUACUCCUCUCGAGAUAGAGAACGGGUUUGUAAAAGGGGAAGAUUUCCUGUUUGGGACAACCGUGGAGUUCUCCUGUCGUGAUGGGUAUGAAUUACAGGGGUCAUCUUCUGCCAAAUGUGUGGCAUCAGGAAAUGGAGUUAGCUGGGAUGUGUCUCUUCCAACCUGUAAAACUGCAGGACAGCUGACUGUUCUCUGUGGAGAGCCACCUGCAGUUGCCAAUGGGAGGCACAAUGGCACGAAGGGGGAGUUUGUCCACGGCUCCGUUGUAGUUUAUAAAUGCAAUCAUGGUUUCACCCUGGCUGGAGGGUGCUACUGUGGUCAUCCUCCCAGCAUCCCUUUUGCUGAGUUAAUGGGGACUGUGAGUAGCAGCUCUCCUGCUGGAACCACGGUGACGUACAGAUGUAACCCGGGGUAUGCUGCAGGAGAUGGAACGUCUUUGGAAGUCACUUGUCUGGGGAAUACCAGUUGGUCUGUAAGCUCCAAGUCAUGUACACGACAGCAAUGUACUCCUCUCGAGAUAGAGAACGGGUUUGUAAAAGGGGAAGAUUUCCUGUUUGGGACAACCGUGGAGUUCUCCUGUCGUGAUGGGUAUGAAUUACAGGGGUCAUCUUCUGCCAAAUGUGUGGCAUCAGGAAAUGGAGUUAGCUGGGAUGUGUCUCUUCCAACCUGUAAAACUGCAGGACAGCUGACUGUUCUCUGUGGAGAGCCACCUGCAGUUGCCAAUGGGAGGCACAAUGGCACGAAGGGGGAGUUUGUCCACGGCUCCGUUGUAGUUUAUAAAUGCAAUCAUGGUUUCACCCUGGCUGGAGGGUCCUCUAUUCGCUGUACAGCAAGAGAUGAGUACCGUGGUGUCUGGAGCACACCUACUCCUGAGUGCCGAGGUGGAGCGACCACCAUCAUUGUCGCCCUGCUGAGGAACGUGCAUCUAGUUAGAGGGAAAAACACAAAGAACGAUUUCCGUCACCAUCAGCAGCAGAAGCGUGUGGGACCUGCACCACCCUGGGGCUGGUGGCUGCGCCUGUCCUGUGUGGGGAGCCCACGGGUUCCUGUCCCAUGGCACCGGGAAGCCCCGCAGCUGCGGCUCCUUCCGCAGGCCUGGGGGAACUGGGGUGCUCAUAUCAGCCCGCGGCCCCCUGGGAGCUGCAGUCGGGACCGGAGCAUGGUGCUCGCCUUCGCCCUCCGCCUCCUGGGCAGCUCCGCUCUGCUCCUGGCUGCCGUAGCUGGGGCUCAAGUUAUCCGAUGCCCGCCCCCGUACAUCCAGAAUGGGAAGAGCGUGUCUGCUGCUCGCUACGUCUACAGGGCUGGGGACAGCGCAAGCUUCACGUGCAACCCAGGCUACACCUUGCAGGGCUCCCACACCAGCACCUGCCAAGCUGACUCCAGAUGGAGCCCACCUGUGCCAGAGUGCAAAAAGGAGGUGACGUGUCCUCAGCCACCAAACAUCGCCAACGGGCUGCACAGUGGCCAGACCACGGACAAAUUUACUCAGGGAGACAUUGUGUACUACGGCUGCAAGGACGGCUUCACGCUGGUCGGGAACAUCUCCAUCAACUGCUCGGAGGCCGGGCUGUGGAGCCGGCCGCUGCCACGCUGCCAAGCAAUCGGCUGCGAGAGACCCGAGGUGCGGAACGGAAAGGUGCACAAGCACCCGAACACCUACGAAGCCGGGGAGAUUCUGCGCUUUGACUGUGAUGCUGGCCAUGCCACAGAUGGUGCUCAGGAGGCUCGGUGUCAGCCGGGGGGCACCUGGGACCCACCAGUGCUGGCCUGCGAGAGAGUCCGACCGUGCCCCAUGCCCCCGAAAAUCAGCAAUGGCAAUCAUGAUGGGCAGGGCAAAGCAGAAUUUACCAUGGGGAUGUAUGUGACCUACACCUGCGAUCCCGGCUACUACCUCGCUGAGGACAUCUCGCAUGUAUUUUGCAAAGCCUCGGGGAACUGGAGCCAGCCCAGCCCGCGCUGCGAAGAGGUGAUGUGUACUCGUCCACCGAACAUCGCCAACGGGCUGCACAGUGGCCAGACCAUGGACAGGUUUCCCCAGGGCACGACCGUGUACUAUGGCUGCAAGGACGGCUUCGCGCUGGUCGGGAACAUCUCCAUCAACUGCUCGGAGGCCGGGCUGUGGAGCCGGCCGCUGCCACGCUGCCAAGCAAUCGGCUGCGAGAGACCCGAGGUGAGGAACGGGAAGGUGCACGGGCACGAGAGCACCUACGAAGCCGGGGAGAUCCUGCGCUUCUACUGCGAUGCUGGCCAUGUCACAGAGGGCGCCCAGCGGGCUCGGUGUCAGCCGGGGGGCACCUGGGACCCACCAGUGCUGGCCUGCGAGAGAGUCCGACCAUGCCCCAUGCCCCCAAAGAUCAGCAACGGACAACACGACGGGCAGGGCAAAACUUUUUUUACCACGGGGAUGUCUGUGAUGUACAGCUGCGAUCCUGGCUACUACCUCAUUGGAAAUGCUCAGGUGGUCUGCAAAGCCUCGGGGAACUGGAGCCAGCCCAGCCCGCGCUGCGAAGUGACAAUCUGCAUAAAGCCGGAUAUACUGAACGGAUGGAUAGUUGAUGGUGAAGGACUUAUCUACGGACCUGGGCAGAUGGUGACGUUUCAGUGCCAUGACGGUUACAGCCUGCAAGGUACUGCUAAAAUCCUCUGCCAGGAGGACGGCAGCUGGGACCCUCCCGUGCCCCUCUGCAACCUGCACCAUCACCAGCUGCUGCCGAUCAGGCCUGAGCGUUCAGGUGGUUGUGGUGCUCCUACAAGGUUACCCUUUGCUGAGCUAAACGAGGAGCAUAGGAAUGAGAUUGAUUUUUCUGUUGGGAAGACUGUGAAAUACACUUGUCGGCCUGGAUUUGCUAAACACCCAGGACUGUCACCUACUAUUACAUGCCUUCAGAGCGGAGUGUGGUCAGAAGCACUAGAGUUCUGUAAAAGGAAGCAGUGCAACCAUCCCGGGGAACCCGAGAAUGGCAGGAUUACCUUCCUGGCGGAUCUCUUCUUUGGGUCGACCGUGGUCUACAGCUGUGAAGAAGGGCACAGGUUAAUCGGACAGUCCAGCAGGCGCUGUGAGAUCUCUGGUGGACGUGUCGCGUGGACCGGCGAUAUCCCCACCUGCCAGCGUAUCCCCUGCAUGCCCCCGCCCAACAUUCCCCACGGGAAGCACACGGGGCGGCUGCUGGACGAAUUCCACUACGGCACGUCGGUCACCUACAGCUGCGAGCCUGGCUACCCGCUGCAGGGAGAGGCCUCCAUCUUCUGUACCACCAGGGACGGGAUGAACGGGGAGUGGAGCGGGCCUCCCCCGCUUUGUGGAGAGGCGAGAUGUCCCGUCCCGCAGAUCCAGAAUGGGCGAAUAGUGUCGGCUCCCAGCAUCACCUACACGUACAAGGACACCAUCACCUUCGAGUGUGAGCCAGGCUACACCAUGCACGGGCACAGCGUGGUGCAGUGCCAGCUGAACAGCACCUGGGAGCCACCCGUGCCAGCCUGCGAGCAGGCUGGCUGCAGUGCUCCCCCCAGGCUGGUGUUUGCUGAGCUGAAGGAGGCAUUCAGGAACCAGAGCGCCUUCCCCGUGGGCAGGGCGGUGGAGUACGUAUGCCGGCCCGGCUACAGCGUGCACCCAGGGAUGUCGGCGACCAUCGUGUGCCUUGGGAAUCAGACCUGGUCCGCGGCGCUGGAGUUCUGUAAAAGGAUGCAGUGUGAGAACCCCGAGGAUCCGGAGAAUGGCAGAGCCGUUGUCUUGACUGACCUCCUCCUUGGGUCCAAAGUGAAUUACACAUGUGAAAAAGGGCACAUGCUAGUGGGGCGGUCUCAGAGGACGUGUGAGAUCUCUGGCACCCGUGUCUCCUGGAGCGGAGCUGCUCCCGUCUGCCGGCGUAUCGUCUGCGACCCGCCCCCGGACAUCCCCCGCGGGACACACAGCGGGCACUCGAUGGACGCCUUCCCCUACGCGGCCGUGGUCACCUACACGUGCGAGCCGGGCCACGCGCUGGCCGGAGCCGCCUCCAUCUUCUGCACCACGGUGGACGGGGAGCGCGGCGAGUGGAGCGGGCCGCCGCCACGCUGUGGAGAGGUGAGGUGUCCUCCCCCUCCAGGCAUCGCCAACGGGCAGCACAGCGGCCAGCCCUCGGACACCUUCCUGGCAGGCUCGGCGGUUCAGUACACCUGUAAGGAUGGCUACUCCCUCGUCGGGAACGCGUCCCUUAACUGCACCAUCACAGGAACCUGGAGCCGGCCUCGGCCGCGCUGCGAAGCAAUCGGCUGCAAAAGACCAGAGAUCGAGCACGGGAGAACAACCGGGCUGGAGACCAUGUACAAGCUUGAGGCCAUCGCUGUCUUCGAAUGCGAUUUCGGUUAUGCCCUGAAAGGCUCUCAGGAGUCUCAGUGCCAGUUUGGGGGCACAUGGCACCCACCUGUCCCCACCUGUGAAAAGAUGCUGCUGUGUCCUUCCCCUCCGACUAUCAAAAAUGGCCGGCACAGUAGCAAGGAUGUGACAGUGUUCAUCCCUGGGACAUCGGUGAAGUAUGAGUGUGACCCAGGCUACGUCCUCACGGGGAAAACCACCGUUUCUUGUUUGCCAUCUGGAACCUGGAGCAUCCCUUACCCCCGGUGUGAAGUUGUCAGCUGCAUGAGCCCCAGUGUCCGGGAUGGAGAAGUGGUUGAAGGGCAGCAAGCUGAGUACCUACCCGGGGCCACCGUCACCUUCCGCUGCCGCCCGGGCUACACGAUGCAGGGCAGCCAGGAGGUCAAGUGCCAUCCCAACGGCCGCUGGGUCCCCGCCAUCCCCAGCUGCGAGCCAGCGCUGCCUUGUCCGCCGCCGCCCGUCAUUGCCCACGCCAUGCACAGCGCGGAGCUCGGGGCCAAUUUCACCAGCGGCAUGGCCGUGAACUACAGCUGCCAGCCCGGCUUCUCCCUGCUCGGGGUCUCCUCCAUCUGGUGCACGGCCGCGGGGAGCUGGAGCCGCCCGUACCCACGCUGCGCAGCUGGAUGUGGGACACCACCACCGUUACUGUUUGCUGAGCUAAACAAGGAGUAUAAGAACUGGACCGAGUUUCCUGUUGGGUCAACAGUGAAGUACAGCUGCCGGCCAGGAUACGCUAAACAUCCGCAGAUAACCCCCGCUAUUACAUGCCUUGAGAAUCAGACAUGGUCAGAAGUCAAGAAGUUUUGCAAACGGAGAAGGUGUAGUCAUCCAGGAGAACCAGAAAACGGCAGAGUUAUCGUUACAACAGAUCUCUUCUUCGGGUCAACAGUGAAUUACACGUGUGAUGAAGGGCACCGGCUGGUUGGAGCCUCCCAGCGGCACUGCGUGAUUUUGGACUCUGGGACACGCGUGGGAUGGACCGGAGACCUUCCCGUCUGCCAGAGAACCAAACACAGCACAAAGAGAUUCGGACGGGUGCUCUCCUUGGGAAGGAUCUCCCAAGGCAAAGACAGAGAGCGUGACGCUGGGACGGGUUCACCCUUGCUCACUCCAUCCCGGCAGCGUGCGUCCUGCAGACCUGGCGCUGCUAAAAGCUCCCUUGUGCGUGCUGCAGGUAUCGUCUGCGACCCGCCCCCGGACAUCCCCCGCGGGACACACAGCGGGCACUCGAUGGACGCCUUCCCCUACGCGGCCGUGGUCACAUACACGUGCGAGCCAGGCCACGCGCUGGCCGGAGCCGCCUCCAUCUUCUGCACCACGGUGGACGGGGAGCACGGCGAGUGGAGCGGGCCGCCGCCGCGGUGCGGAGGGCAGCUGUGUCCCCCCCCACCAGUGAUUAACCAUGGCCAGCACGAUGGCAAGGACAUGGAAGUGUUCAUCCCUGGGAAGUCCGUCAAUUACAGCUGUGACCCCGGCUAUUCUCUUGUUGGAAAAUCCACCCUGUACUGUACAGACAACGCAAGCUGGAGCACCCCGCACCCCCAGUGUGAAGUCUCUUUAGUAGUGCAAUGUCCUUCACCUCCAAACAUUGAAGGAGGCAGUCACAACAGCCAGGAGGUGGAAGUUUUCAUUCCUGGGAUGGUUGUAAACUACAGCUGUGACCCUGGCUUCAGCCUCCUGGGGGAGGCAUCGAUUUACUGCACUGAGUCUGGAAACUGGAGCCUGCCUCCUCCUCAGUGUGCAGGUGGCUGUGGUGCACCUCCAAGCCUCAGCUUUGCUGAGCUAACUGAGGAGUACAGAAACCAGACCGCGUUUCCCGUCGGGAAGAUGGUGCGAUACGCCUGUCGGCCGGGAUACUCAAGGCACCCCACAGUACCCCCAGCUCUGACGUGCCUCAGAAACCACACGUGGUCUGAAGCGCGGGCGUUCUGCAAAAGGAAACAAUGCCAUUAUCCAGAAGCACCAAAGAAUGGCAGAGUUGUUGUUCUGACAGAUCUCCUCUUUGGGUCCAUUGUGAACCACACGUGUGAGGAAGGGCACCGACUGGUCGGGCUGUCUCUGAGGCGAUGCGAGCUUUUCGGAGCAGAUGUUGCAUGGAGUGGAGAUCUUCCCAUUUGUCAGAAGGUGGUAUGUCCAGCCCCACAGAUCCAGAACGGGAGGAUAUCUGUUAUUAAACAUCGCUACAGGUACAAGGACACCGUUAGCUUUACCUGCCGUGAAGGUUUCACCCUGCGAGGCCACCACACUGCCCAGUGCACAGCCAACAGGAGGUGGCACCCCCCCGUGCCCAUCUGUGAGCAGGAUGGAGUGGCAGAACACUAUCAUCGUCCUGAUACCACAGUGAGGCCAGCGGUAAUGUGUCUGCCUCCGCCGGGCAUUGCUAACGGGGAGCACAGCAGCCAUUCCUCAGACACGUUUGGUGUAGGAGCACUCGUGCACUACCGCUGCAAACCUGGUUUUGUGCUUAUUGGCAAUGAGUCUGUCCACUGCAUGCCCAACGGAGUCUGGAGCCGUCCCCUUCCUCGGUGCGAAGCUGGCUGUGUGAGACCAGGAGUCGGGAACGGAGAGGCGAUCGGAUUGGAGUCUCUCUACUUGCCUGGAGACAUCAUUACGAUUGAGUGCAAUGCUGUUAAUGUCCCCAGAGGUCUCCACAAGUCCCAGUGCCAGCCCGGGGGCACGUGGGAUCCUCCACUGCCUGCCUGUAGCAGAGCAAAGCGCUGUUCCAAGCCUCCUGCUAUCCCCCACGGGUGGCACAGUGGCCUGGCAAAAGCGGUUUUCGCUCCUGGAACAUCUGUAAGCUACAGCUGUGAGCCCGGCUUCUCCCUCAUUGGGAUGGCAUCCAUUUAUUGUACAGAGUCCGGAGCCUGGAGCCAUCCUUCUCCAGUCUGUCAAGCCGUGAAGUGUUCUCUUCCUCCAAAUAUCACCAAUGGGAAGCUCAAAGGCAACAUUUCUGACACUUUUUCCUAUGGAACAUCUGUAUCCUACAGCUGUAAUGCUGGUUAUUCACUCACUGGGAAUGCUUUCAUCAACUGCACGGCACUAGGGACCUGGAGCCAGCCGCCUCCUCGGUGCGAAGAGAUCAGAUGUGUAUUCCCAGAAGUUCAAGGUGUUAAAAAAGCCACAAGUGGAAACACUUAUCGAUUUGGGACUAACAUUACUCUUGAAUGUGAUGAUGGUUACAUGUUGGAAGGCAUCAGUCAGAUUCAGUGCCAAGAGGACUUCAGCUGGGACCCUCCUGUGCCAGCCUGUAAAUUAACUUCACGCAAGUCUGGUUCAGUAGGCCUAGGAGUCACAGCUGCGGCAGUCCUGCUUCUCCUGGGUGCAGGCAUUAUCUGGAAAAUUAUUUCUAAGCAGAAGGAAGGCUUUUAUCAUACAUACGAAAACUACAACUACAAAACCGCUCUGGACCAGAUAACUGAAAAGAAAUGCUCAUGUCUUGCAUAGCAGACUGGUGACCUGUGCUGCCUCUAAUAAGGCAUCGGAGACGUUCUUCCUCAAGCAGCAGCAGGUUGCACAGAAGCACUGCUUGUGUCAAGACCGAAAUUCUGCGUGGAAAAAGGCACUUUACCACAGAAUCAAAGCUCACGCUCCCUCUGCUCCCACUAACCACUCCAAGGGCCUAACAAAGCUCAAGCUGUGCACACUACUGAAGCUCAUUAGAGGCACUUCUCUCCCUCACUGCAUCUCAGGAAGAUUAUUUCCUUCUCUAUUCGCAAACCCUGAGCUAAGCAAGAUCCACAGAAGCACUCCUGUACGUGUGCAGUCAGGAUUUGUUGGCCCGAAGAUUUCCUUUGUUAGCGGUAGCUGUGCCCAUGCCCGCAGCAUGGUUACUCAGCCUCAGCAGAGGCUGCUCUCUAUUUUACUCCAGGAACGCUCACGCGUGGUGUUCCUCUACAAACGCUUAACCUAAUAAAACGUGAACACA